GUCUUUCACAGAUGAUGACAAAUGGGAGAAACAACAGAAGAAAAUCAUUAACAAGCUGUGUAACACUAACAUAGCUGGCUUGAUAGUGGUCUUUGCAGUCAAAACAUGAAGAAAUCUAACGCUGAGACUACAUAUGCUCACCACUUCCGUGGUCUUUGUUUCAACACAACCACCCAUGACAUCAUUUCUUCGGUACAUAUUGCGUGGUUCCUAUAUUUUCGCCUUCUUGUCAUUCGCGCAUGCGCUCGAUUGUUUGAUGUGCGGUUUAGCAGUAGUUAAUAUAUAUGACGCCUGUGAUCGAACAUGGGUUAAAGAUGUCUUGACAGCGUCGCGCUUUCGAUUGUGUUGUACACCUGUAUCUAUCAGCUGGCCGGGUAUAUCCCUCACCGUCUCUAUCAUUUUUCCAAUGUUAGCAAUUCUGAACGCAUGUUGUGCUUCCGGAGUGUGGUGGGUUCAAUGCUUGACCACGGUAGAGGUCUUGUCCUGGGCGUGGCUGCCUCCUCUCUUCGCCUGGUGCGUAGUCCUUAAAAAGCACUCGAUACAGUCGGUUUCAUACACCUUUGUAAUGUUCCCUGGCUGAUCAUUCCUUUCGAGAUAAGUAAGCAGACAGUGUGCUAUGUUCGUUAUUGUCAAUUGUACAUGAAUAUGAUCAAUUCGCAUCGGACACGGAGCUGAUGUCGCGACUCGGGAAAGCUACUUCAAUCUCAAAAUGACGAACCCCCGCAAAUUAGCCAAAUCUUAGAUCUUGAUCAGAUUCCAGAGGAUACAG